AUGAAGAACGAUCGUCAACACAGACGGAAGAGAGUGGGUGACUGGCUCCCCGAUCACGACGUUCACCGAGAAUGGCUCGGCGGCAUCAUCCAAGAGGUGGAUCAGAACCCCAAAGAUCUUCACCCGGUCUUGGUCGAAUUCAAGGAGUUGAUCGAAAACAACACUCGAGUGUACAUGCUCUUUGAGUCCAUGUUUGAGCAGGUCCCUAAGAAGGAGCCCUACAACAACGACCCUCGCGGCGAGGGACAUCCCCAGGUCCGCGACUAUAUCCAUAUGCUUCGUGUCAUUAAUCACAUAUUGACCACGCCGCCAUCAUGGUCCGAGAGCUCGGCGCGCACUGGACUGGUGGGCCUUCCGUUCAACGCCCUCUUCGAUUGGCCCAUGGGAACAGCUUCGGGGUACGCCGUGUUUCUUGACCCAGACAUAAACAAAAUGUUGAAGAAAGUCCUCAAUGCAUGGGGAGACUUUCUUCGCUCUCCAGAAUCGGCAAAGGUCCUGGAGAAAGACGCUCAAGGGAGCUGGUUUGGUCCGCAUGGCCAGGAGGAGCUCACCACGACAGCCAAUUUGGGCAAGACAGGUUACAAGUUUGAGGAAUUGUUCCAGUGCGAUCCAUCAAAGCCUCACAUGGGUUACAAAUCCUGGGAUGAUUUCUUCACGCGGCUCUUCAAGGAGGAGGCACGGCCGACGGCCAGUCCCGAGGACGACAAUGUGAUUGCAAACGCGUGCGAAUCCAAGACAUUCAAGGUGGCGCGCGACGUCAAGGCGCGAGACCAUUUCUGGCUCAAGGGACAGCCGUAUUCAGUGAUCGACAUGUUGGCACAGGAUCCCUGGGCGGACAAGUUCGUUGGAGGGACCGUAUACCAAGCUUUUCUUAGCGCAUUGAGCUAUCAUCGCUGGCAUGCACCUGUCUCUGGCAAACUGGUCAAAGCAUACGUGGUGAACGGGACAUACUAUUCCGAGCCUUUGUUCGAAGACUUCAAACCCGACCACCCUGCGGAUCCUGAGGGAGAAGUCACCAGUCAAGGAUAUUUGACAGCCACGGCCACUCGGGCGAUCAUGUUCUUUGAAGCAGACAAUCCAGCUAUUGGGCUCAUGGCGUUUUUAGGCAUCGGUAUGUGCGAAGUAUCGACUUGCGAAAUCACGGUCAAGGAGGGUCAGCAUGUGAAAAAGGGCGACGAGAUUGGUAUGUUUCACUUCGGAGGAUCGACACAUUGCUUGAUGUUCAGGAAGGGGGUUCGUGUCGAAGGAUUUCCAGAGCCACAUCCUGAGCAUAAUAUCCCUGUGCGAAGUGAGUUGGCGAAGGUGAAGGUGUAG